CGGCCCGGUGAGGCGCGGCGCGGCGGCAUGCGGCGGCGGCCGUGGAGGGGCCGCGGGCCGGGCCGGCGGGCGCGGGGAUGAGCGUCGGCGGCCGCCGCCAUGUCCAGGGUCACGGCGCCCGGGCCCGGGCCGCCGGCGGCGGCGGCGGCGGGCGGGAAGGAGAAGCGCUCCUUCAGCAAGCGGCUGUUCCGGAGCGGCCGCGCGGGCGGCGGGGGCGCGGGGGGCCCCGGGCCGGCCGCGCCCUCCUCGCCGGCGUCGUCGGCGCGCUCGGUGGGCAGCUUCAUGAGCCGCGUCCUCAAGACGCUGUCCACGCUCUCGCACCUGAGCUCCGAGGGCGCCGGGCCCGAGCGCGGCGGCCUGCGCAGCUGCUUCCCGCCGGGGCCGCCCGCCGCGCCCACGCCGCCCCCCGCCUGCCCGCCGCCGCCCGCCUCGCCCGCGCCGCCCGCCUGCGCGCACGCCGAGCCGGUGCCCGGCGUGGCGGGGCUCCGCAACCACGGCAACACGUGCUUCAUGAACGCCACGCUGCAGUGCCUCAGCAACACCGAGCUCUUCGCCGAGUACCUGGCGCUCGGCCAGUACCGGGCGGGCCGGCCCGAGCCCGAGCCCGAGCCCGAGCCGCCCGCGCCGGGCCACGGCGAGGUCACCGAGCAGCUGGCGCACCUGGUGCGCGCGCUCUGGACCCUGGAGUACACGCCGCAGCACAGCCGCGACUUCAAGAGCAUUGUGUCAAAGAACGCCCUGCAGUACCGGGGAAACUCCCAGCACGACGCCCAGGAGUUUCUGCUGUGGCUUUUGGACCGGGUUCACGAAGACCUUCACCAUGCAGUGCAGCCGAGCGACCAGCCGCCUCUGAAGCCACCGUCGGACACUGACCUCAUGCCGGAAGGACCGUCUUUUCCUGUCUGUAGCACUUUCGUACAGGAGCUUUUCCAGGCCCAGUACAGAUCCUCUUUGACAUGUCCUCACUGUCAGAAGCAGAGCAACACCUUUGACCCUUUCCUCUGCAUUUCCUUGCCAAUUCCUCUGCCGCACACAAGGCCUCUCUAUGUCACCGUAGUGUAUCAAGGGAAAUGCUCGCACUGCAUGAGGAUCGGGGUGGCCGUGCCUCUGUCGGGGACCGUCGCCAGGCUCCGGGAAGCAGUGUCCAUGGAGACAAAAAUCCCCACUGAGCAGAUCGUCUUAACGGAAAUGUACUACGACGGGUUCCAUCGUUCCUUCUGUGACACGGAUGACCUGGAGACCGUCCACGAAAGUGACUGCAUCUUUGCCUUUGAGACGCCAGAAAUAUUUCGGCCCGAAGGAAUUCUCAGUCAAAGAGGAAUCCACUUAAACAACAACCUGAACCACUUGAAGUACGGCCUGGACCCCCCGAGGCUGUCUCCCGCGAGCCCGGCCACGGCCAAGCAGGGGAAGGCAGACGCGCCCCCGUCCCGAGCGGGCAGCAGCAAGAUCGUCCUGCUGGUGUGCAACCGAGCCUGCAGCGGGCAGCAGGGGAAGCGGUUCGGGCUGCCCUUCGUGCUGCACCUGGAGAAGACCAUCGCGUGGGACCUGCUGCAGAAGGAGAUCCUGGAGAAGAUGAAGUACUUCCUGCGGCCCACAGUGUGCAUCCAGGUGUGCCCCUUCAGCCUGCGUGUGGUCAGCGUGGUGGGCAUCACGUACCUGCUGCCGCAGGAGGAGCAGCCCCUGUGCCACCCAACCGUGGAAAGGGCGCUGAAAUCUUGCGGACCGGGUGGCAGUGCGCACGUGAAGCUGGUGGUGGAAUGGGACAAGGAGACCAAGGAUUUCUUGUUCGCGAGCACCGAGGAGGAGUACAUCCCCGAUGCCGAGAGCGUGCGGCUGCAGAAGGAGCGCCACCACCAGCCACAGACCUGCACCUUGUCCCAGUGCUUCCAGCUCUACACCAAGGAGGAGCGGCUCGCCCCGGAUGACGCCUGGCGCUGCCCGCACUGCAAGCAGCUGCAGCAGGGCAGCAUCACCCUGAGCCUCUGGACGCUGCCUGACGUGCUCAUCAUCCACCUGAAGCGCUUCCGACAGGAAGGGGACCGGCGGCUGAAGCUCCAGAACAUGGUCAAGUUCCCCCUGACCGGCCUGGACAUGACCCCUCACGUGGUCAAGAGGAGCCAGAGCAGCUGGAGCCUGCCCUCCCACUGGUCUCCGUGGAGACGGCCCUACGGCCUCGGCAGGGACCCCGAGGACUGCGUCUAUGACCUGUAUGCUGUGUGCAAUCACCACGGCACCAUGCAAGGGGGGCACUACACAGCCUACUGCAAGAACUCGGUGGACGGGCUGUGGUACUGCUUUGACGACAGCGACGUGCAGCAGCUCUCGGAGGGCGAUGUGUGCACGCAGACGGCCUACAUCCUCUUCUACCAGAGGCGCACGGCCAUCCCGUCCUGGUCGGCCAACAGCUCCGUGGCGGGCUCCACGAGCUCCUCCCUGUGCGAGCACUGGGUGAGCCGGCUCCCGGGCAGCAAGCAGGCCAGCGUGACCUCCGCGGCCUCAUCCCGACGCACCUCCCUGGCCUCGCUCUCCGAGUCCGUGGAGAUGACGGGGGAGAGGAGCGAAGACGACGGCGGCUUCUCCACGCGGCCCUUCGUGAGGAGCGUCCAGCGUCAGAGCCUGUCGUCCAGGUCCUCGGUCACCAGCCCGCUGGCCGCCGCCGAGAGCUGCGUCCGGCCAUCCUGGCCGCUGUCGGCCAAGCUGCAGAUGCGCCCCAACUCCCCGUCCCGCUUCCCCGGGGACUCGCCGCUGCACACGUCGGCCUCCACGCUGGAGAAGAUCGGGGAGGCGGCGGACGACAAGGUGUCCAUCUCCUGCUUCGGCAGCCUGAGGAACCUGUCCAGCAGCUUCCAGGACGCGGGCGAGGGCCACGGCCGGCGGGAGCCGCGGGCGGGGGCCCGGGCCCCCCUGGCGGUCAUGGACGGCGUGUUCAAGGACGAGACGGGCCCCCGCCCGGGGCACCCCGGCGCCCUGGACGCGCCGAGCGGGCACCCGGCCCCGGGGGGCUGCUCGCCCGCUGACUCGGACCCCUUCGACAACAACAACCAGAUCGCCUACGUGGACCAGAGCGACUCGGUGGACAGCUCCCCGGUCAAGGAGGCGACCCCCCCGGGCCGCGCGGGGCCCCCCGCCAGGAAGCCCGAGAGUGCCGCCAAGAGGUCCCCGGGCACCAAGCGGGCCUCGGAGCCCGAGAGAGGCCUGCGCAAGGGGCGGCCGGUGCUGGCCAGCCAGGACUCGUCCCUCUCGAGCACCUCCCCGUCCUCGCCGGUCCCCGUGAAGGCCUCCCAGAAGCCCUCCCGCCCCCGGAGCAAAGCGGACGCCGCCUCCAGGAAGGAGGCCGGGGGUCGGCACCCGGCCCCCGCCCACGCCCGGAAGGAGCCCUCGGCCAGAGCCGCGGACUCGGCGUCCUCCCCGUCCCCGCAGAAGCCCAAGUCCGCGUCUUCCCUGGCCCACGCGCCUUCCUCCUCCGCUGCCAAGAAGGCCUCGGGCCCGGCCCCCAGGGGCCCCUUCCCCCCGGGGAAGGGCCGGACCUCGGAGCGGACCUUGAGCCGGGAGGGCUCGCGGCAGAGCCUGGCCUCCGACCGGGGCAGCCUCACGCCCGGCUCCAAGCCCGGCUCGCCCCGCGUGAGCCAGGCGCGGGCCGGCGAGAGCCGCGGGGACGGGCGGCACGUGCGCAGCAGCUCCAUGGCCAGCCUGCGCUCCCCGGGGGCCGGCGCCCGCGCGGGCCUCAAGCGGGACAGCAAGUCGGAGGACAAGGGGCUGUCCUUCUUCAAGUCGGCCCUGCGGCAGAAGGAGACGCGCCGCUCCACCGACCUGGGCAAGACGGCCCUGCUGUCCAGGAAGGCGGGCAAGGGCGCCUGCGCGGACGACCGGGCCGAGCGGGGCCCCCCGCCCCCCGCGCCCCAGCCGCCGCCGCCCGCCCCCAAGGACCCCGCGCCCGGCAGACACUCCCUGCUGUCCACCCGCAGGGCCAAGUCUUCCCAGCUGGAGGCGGGCGCGCCCGCGUCCCCCGGGGCCCGGCCGGCGGGGGCGGCCGAGAAGCCGGCCCCCAAGGUGCCCUCUAAGAGCAUGCCAACCUCUGCACGGCCCUCUCAGAAACCUCAGUGAGCCCCCCGCAGCCCCGGGAUCCGCUCUGCGGGAGACGCGGGUUUAUUUAUUUAGAGCCCCUCCCUGCCCCUCCCUGCCCCCCCUCUCCUCCCUCUCCCCACCCCUACUCCCCGCUUUUGUAUUCUUUUGGGGUCACGUGCCUGAGUCUGUGUGCGCACGCGCGUGUUGAGAGUGUGAGCGGAGUCUUGAGCGCGGAUGGGUCCGAGCGUCGCCUUAUUCCGUCUCUGAACCAAAAUAACAGCCCUGGGCUCUCGAGAGCACUGCGGGGCCUGGCGAAGGGGAGUCACUGGGAGACCGCGCGCCCCAGGGCGGAGGAGCCCCGAGCAGCUGGCUCGGAGAAUCCUGUGGCCCUCUGCCCACCGCGGGGGGCUGGGAACCCGGGAACCGACUCGGGCUGCACACCUCUGCCCUCCACACCCCCCGCACCCCCCCCCCCCGGCUGCGGCCCGUCACCCCCCUGCCAAGGGCCCCGGACUUGCCCGUGGCGCGCGACGGGGAGAAACCGAGGCAAAGACUCUCUGCUUCCUGCACUUUGGCCCCUUCUCCCAGUCUUUGCAAAGGGCAAUAUUUUCACACUAACGUUUCUCAGGUAUAUCUACGCGGCUGGCCUCGGGCGGGGUGGGGGCGGGGAGCCGGGGGUCCAGGGGCCGCUCCCGCCUCCCGCCACCCCUGGCGGCCCCGGUGGUCUGAGUCUCUCCAGCGAAGCGCGGCGUCCCCUGAGCCGCCUUCCCCAGGGGGGCGGGUUGGAGAUCUCACGGGCAGGCCGCCGGGGGGGGGGGCAGGCGUGGGUCCUGACCCGCCGGGCGGGCGUGGUGCGAUGGGCACCCCCGGGAGACUCCCCCGGGCAGGAGCCGACUCCAAGCGUCCGUCCGCCUCUCCCGGGGCCUCCGUCCCGGUGGGCAGCGCCGUGGGGAUCUUGCGCCUUGUAACCCAGAGAGGAAGGGCGUGGAGCACCCCCCCAGGCUGGUGGGGGGGCCGUGGGGGACCCCAGCCGACCCUGCCGCGACCCUCCUUCCUCACAGCUCCUCGGCAGUCUGGGGGUCUCUUCCCUGUGCUGAGCAGCGACUCUGACCCCGAACUCGCUCCCGGGCGCCGGUGCCCGCGGUCCCUGCGCCUGUGUCUCCCUGCAGCUGCCUCGCGAGGGACAGAAGCGGGGGCCUGCGGGGAGGGCAGGGGCGUCCCCGCCAACCUCCGUCGUUUCCCGAGCUUGUUGCAGGUGUCCCGACAAGUUGUAGGGUUUCGUUUCCUUUCUCAUUUUCUUCUUUUCCAUUUUUCUCUCUUUUCUUUUGGAUGUCAGGACAGUCCUGAUUGCCUUGGGAUAGCAUUUGUCACUCUGCCGGGAGGUAGCAGCGUGUCAAGUGUGUUAGUCUGUGAACAGCGGCGUUUCUUGUCCAGAGACUCUGCAGGUCCUGCCUGAAUCCUUGGUGCACAGUCCCGUGGGUCCUCUCCCCUGGCAGUGUUGCCGGCUGGGGGAUGGGGGGUCACGGGAGGGCGCACUGCUCUGGGUUCUGCACUGCCUGCCCCCUCCUUCUCUCCCUCCCCGCCUCCCCUCCCCUCUGUCCCUGCCUGCUCCCUCCCAUCUUCCAUCCUUCUUCCCAUCUCUCUCCCUCCCCACCUGUGGGGAAAUGUUUUCAGUCCUUGAGUUACUUAAUAUAAUUUUGCUGCUAAUUGGAGCCUUAGCAGGUAACUCGCAAGCCUGGAGACCGUGUAAUGUUGAGGGUAGCUGGAAUUUUCGACCCUCGCAGCAUUGGAGACUUCAGUCCUCAGCCUUGCGAGCAUUCCUGCAGUGCUCUGUGGAGCGCAUGGACCCUGAGCCGCUGUCCCCUGGCCCCCGGAUCGUGCUCAGAUCACUGGGUGUCUGUCCUCGUCCCCUCUCCAGCCGCUGGUGGCCCAAAGCAGUGCCCCCCCCCCCCCAGCUGGGCUGGCCCUGGAGGUCACAGUGGCUCCUGAGGGCCCCAUCAGUGUUUAGCCACUGCUAGUUCUCCUGUGUCACUUUUAUUUCCGGAGGGGGGGUGGCAUGCGGGAGUGGGACCGGGUGUGGGAUCAUCAGUAUCAGGAAGGGAACAUUUCAUUUGGACUUCUCUUUCUUUGAUAGGUAAAUCUCCUUUGAAAUCUCCUCUCUGGAGCGAUCCUUAGAAUUGCAGUUUGACUCUACAAAGGGUCACGGGGCUACUUCGAGGGGUGGGGAGGGGCCCUGUGGUCAGUUCAGCAUCGGGAGAAACUAGUUUGAUUUUUCUUUCCGCAGCAGUUAAUUUUUUUCUUUUUUAAUUCACGAGUCCUCCAGGAAUAUUUUUUUCCCCCAUUGUGUCUGGUGUUUUUAAAAAUUGACUCUGACCGAUCCCGCCCAUUUUCUGUGGGAUCUAGACAUCAAGUUCCAGCGUCUGUAAAGCUGCCUCCGGAGAGGGAAGGUCCUUGUUCCACGUGUAAAUGGGACGAAGAAAUCAGGCCCCACGGCGAGCCUUGUCACAGACUUGGAGGCGCUUCCGUGUCUGUGCCGGGAAGACGCAGCGCGGAGUUCCUCUGUCCCCCGCCACCGGGCAUUGUGUCGGCACUGAGCCGGGCGAGCGAGUGGAGUGUCAAGCACCUAAGGGCGAAGUGGCUUCUUGGGCCGAGUCUGUCCUCCCGUUGAGCCAGAAACGUGGCGUGUGUGCUCUCGAGACUCUCCUGCUGGCCUUUGUCCGUCCGUCCGUCCGUCUGUCUGCCUGCCAAGGGGAGGCGAGCGAGGCCUGGGUUUUCUGGGACUGACCGGAGCAGUCCUUGGAGCAGUCGUGUCACCUCGGUGAUGUGUGUCUCGUUCCUGACCCCUCCCUGUCCUCGGGAACAUUCCUUCCCAUCCCCCACGACAGCCCGACACCUCGCCCCUGAGGCGGUGGAAGCACAAAGAAACUGUCAGCGCCUGUUCUCCCGGAGACCGUGUUCCUCAGCACCCCCCCCCCCAGCCUCGUCACCCUCCCAGAGCAGUGCUGUGCCGGCCCCGGGGACGCGGGCCCUGGAGUGUGUGUGGGGGGGGUGUGGGGGUCAUGCCAUGGCCCUGGCCUCUGUCGUGCACCCCAUGUGGGUGACCACUCUGCCACCGCCCCCCCUCCAUCCUGCGAGGCUGGCUGGGGGCAGCUACUCCAGGCCCGUCGCCUGCCCUGGGAGUCAGCUGCAGCCACAGCGCCCCCGAGAGAACCGCCGAGGGGCCCCGGAGGCCGCCCCUGCCCGCGAGCUCCCGGCCGCCGGAGGGUCAGCUCAGGCCUGCGGCUCUCCCUGAGUGCGUCCACCCUGGAAACCAAAAGUGCCCUUCUUCAUCCUCGGAGACGCCUCGCUCUUGCAUCCACCUUCCCAGACAGAGCCGUCUCGCCCACCACGCGGGGAGGGAACCCACGAUAGGAUCACUGCAUCCCAACGGAUGAGAUCACUGCAUCCCAACAGAUGAGAUCACUGCAUCCCAACGGAUGAGAUCACUGCAUCCCAACAGAUGAGAUCACUGCAUCCCAACAGAUGAGAUCACUGCAUCCCAACACUGCUUUCCGCAGAGGUGGAGGUGGCGAGCUGGGGGAGGGGAGGGAGGAGGCUCGCCAUCCCUCUAAGAGGAGUACCUCGGGGGGAAGGAGCCGUGUGUGUGUGUGAAGGAGCCUGUGAUGGCAGCCCUCCGGGAGACGGGAGACGGAGCGGAGAGGCGCUCCGAGAGGAGUUCAUCCAUUUCAAAUAAACGUUUUCCAAAGGAGCUGGAUUUUUGACCUGACCUUCCAUUCUGACACUUGGCUGCAUAGUAGAACUUCUUUUUAUCUUCUUCAUGUAAGUGAUUGUUGUUCCUGGGUUUAAAGAAAAAACAAAAAACUCGUCUUUCUGGGUUGGAUUUUUGAGCUCGUAUGCAAAUCCUAAGCACAGUUCCAGUCGUGAAGUGCGCUGACCUUUGUGUUGGGGCCGUGCAGGGCUGUUUGCUGGCUGCCUUGGGCCUGCCUCAGAAGCAGACGCAAAAAUGUGGCAGGUCCUCCACUGACUGGUUUUCAUUUCUUCAUGGGUGUCGUGUAGCCAAACCAGGCCACAUCUUUUUUUUGGGGGAAAUCCUAAACUUUCAUGUCAGUAAACGCUCUGUCUCCUUCUGCCUUCUGAUCAACCCCCCAAAGUAUUUGUUUUUGCAGCUGCAUUUUAAGCGUGGCUGAUAUUUUUUUUUCCUCCCUGCCAAGUUAUGAAAACAAUUUUUUGCAUGGCCUCUCUCUAACCCAGAAAGCAUGCUCACUACCUAUGCAAGCAACUAAUAAAAGAGAUAGACAACACUAAAUGCAAGUUUUUCUUAAAAAAAAAAAAAGCUACUUCGAUUACGGAGCUCUAUUUUUGAACUUGUAAUUUUUUUAAAUGUGGCUUAAUCAUCUGUAGAAAAAACAUGAAUGUGCUUUCUUGUUUUGCCUGGCACAUAUUUCUUUGUCCGUUCCCCCCUCCCCCCCUUUGUGGCAAGAGUGCGUGUACAAUAGGUAUUUUUCGAGCAGGCGUGGAACGGAGUACGUGGGGGCACACGGGUUUAUAUACUGUAUUUAGCCUGAAGACUUUCUUAAAAGUAUUUUGUUCUAAAAAUAACCUGCCAUUUUCUAUAGAUUUUAAUUUUUUAUACCUCCUAGGGUUCUAUCGUGGUCACAAGACGAGAAUGUGGCUUCUAAUCAGUGCUCGCGAUUUUCAGAUGCUUUUGUAGCUACCGCGCUGUCUGGGACGUCUCGGGAGCCUUCCAGCCCCUGUCGGGGGGCUCAGCUGGGGGGUCACGGGGGAGCAGCAGUGGCCGGCUCGUAGGUCCGCCCCAUGUUCAUUGAAGGCGGGCAUUUCCAGUUUGGGGGCCCGGGGGGACCCAGAGGCCCGUCUGAGGGGAACUCUCUAGCUCUCACACACCCGCUCGCCCUCACCUUUUUUUUUUUUUUUUUAACCCUGUUCAUCCUCUGCUGACUGAGCACUCCAGGCGCAUCAGGAGAAGGGCCAGAAACUUCUGGGCUCCACUCCUCGGCUUCUGGUCCAGUCUGGGCAAGGGUGACUUCCCGGGGUGGCCGGGCCUUCCGGAGCACCCCCUGCCAUUGUGAUGCAUGGUCAGAAUCGGGGCCGCCCCCCCACUUGGUUGAGCACUGCGGUCAGAGUCCCUGCCACCCAGGUGCUCAGGGGCACCCCGGUCCUCUGCGACGGGGGAGGAAACGACCCCCUCCCUGUGGAGAGACACCCGUGUCAGCCUCUGGGAUCGGGGUCCCUCUCUCUAGGGAGGCCCGUGUCGUGGAGGCUGGCCCAGCGCCUGCCAGAGGAGUGGCGUUCAGGGAGGGCCCCGCGGGCUGGCGGGGAGGUCGUCUCCCGGCCACUGUGUCUCCCAGCUGCCACUGAGGAGCCCGCCCCUGCGGGUAGGGACGCCUGGCGCCCGGGCCACGGGGAGAACCGCCUCCCCACCUCAUUCUUCGCUGACACCAUUGGUGGUUUUGUUUCCGCACGAAUGGGAGCAUUUCAGUUGGGAGUUGUGGGUUUUGUGUCUUUUACUUUUUUUUUUUGUGGGUUUUUGUUUGUUUCUGUUUGUUUGGGGUAACAGUAUUUUAUCAUGUCAUCGAAAAACUUCAGUGAGACCCAGAGCGUUGUCGGCAGAGCCUGGCCACCUGGGGAGACUUGCUCUGGCCCCCGUCGUCCCAGAGCACGGGGACCGAGCAGCCCGCCGUGCUCCGGGGCUGGCGUCAGGUACCCAGGGCAGACACAAGAGAAGCUGAGUGGGGGUUGGAAAAAUCGGAGUCGGAAACGCUCUGGAUGGGGCGGCCCGGGCCAGGGCCACCUGUGGUCGUGAACACGCAAUAUGAACUUUCUAGGUGCUAUCCUUGGUGUGGGUGUUGUGGGGGCGCUGGAGGGGGGGUGCGCGGGGGCACCUGUUUGGGAAGGGGGUCACGGCGCUUCUGAGGCUUGGGAGGGUUGGGAUGUCCAUCGGCCGACCCCAGGGCAUUUGCUCGCCAACGGUGCCCCACCAGUGGUUCGGAAGGGGACUCGAGCCUCGUGACAAAAACAACUCCUUGCUGGAAACCUGAGGUUUCACACUGGAAUGUCUGUCGCCUCGAAAGCCGCCCGUCCCGCCAUGGGCCCCCGAGUGCUCGGGCCUCUCACUCCCGCUGCCGAGCUCCGGGCUUGCAUUGUCUCUCCUUUGUGAGGGGAGACCUGGGUGUCUCCCGGGGCUGGGAGGAAAAGGGGGUCAAAUGGUUUCAGAGAAGAAGUGCAUGAGGCGCGUCACAGACUUUUUGGUUAUUUAUUUGUAUGUUUUAUUAUUCCAGGUGUAUGCACUUUUAAGAAGCAGAAUUUAUAUUUUUAUGUUGAAAACAUUUUAUUUCUGGAACAGCAGCUGAUUAUUAUAGUCUACAGUUGGAAUUAAGAGAAAAGUGGAAAAAUGUAACUAAAUAUAAUAAAUUUAUUACUUGCUGCCCUCUUCAA